AUGGCGACAGAAUGGAGCGGGCAGCAGGGUUACAUUCUCACCGUCAUCAUCUGCCUGUGGAGCGCCGUCGGCGGCCGGACAGAGACGGCGGCCACGGCGGCGGCGGCGGCGGGGUCCGGCGGCAGGGGCAGCGGCGGCGGCAGCCAGGUGCUCGGCAUGCGGCUGGAGAGAAGCGACAAGCCGGCCAGCACCAAUGACGACGGUGUCAUCCAGGUGACCGAGGAGAGCUCCGUGCAGCUCCGGUUCUACGGGCUGCAGCUCCACUCGGGCGCCUGGACGCAGAUCCGCUUCACGGAGCUGACGGACAGCGGCGGGGACGAGGAGGAGGAUGAGGAGGAGGCGGCGGCGGUGAGGGGCGGCAGCGGCAUGAUGGACGCGCCGGACAGGACUUGUGCUGAUUUCACGAAGGACAUCAGCGUCGGGACCUUCAUGAACGUGAGCCGGAGGGGCACGUCGGGUCUUCUCAGCGUGCACAUUAAGCCGCUGCGCAAGAGCGAGCCGCAGAAGGAGUACGCGGUGUGCACCCUGAGCGCGGCCGGGGGCAGGUGGGUGCUGCUGGGGGACAGCGAUGGCAGGCUGCUGGUGCUGGAGGAGAAGAAGUCGCUGCUGCCCAUGUGGCUGCAGGCGAUCCUCAUCUCCUGCCUGCUGGUGCUCUCCGGCAUGUUCAGCGGCCUCAACCUGGGGCUCAUGGCGCUGGACCCCAUGGAGCUGCGCAUCGUGCAGAGCUGCGGCACCGACAAGGAGAAGAAAUACGCACGAAAGAUCGAACCGAUCCGCAGCAAGGGGAACUACCUGCUGUGCUCCCUGCUCCUGGGGAACGUGCUGGUCAACACCACCCUCACCAUCCUGCUGGACGACCUGAUCGGCUCGGGGCUGGGCGCAGUGGUGGCCUCCACCAUCGGCAUCGUCAUCUUCGGGGAGAUCGUCCCGCAGGCGCUGUGCUCCCGCCACGGACUGGCCGUGGGAGCCAACACCAUCGUGCUCACAAAGUUCUUCAUGCUUCUCACCUUCCCGCUGUCUUUCCCCGUCAGCAAGCUGCUGGACGUGCUGCUGGGUCAGGAGAUCGGCACCGUGUACAACCGGGAGAAGCUGGUGGAGAUGCUGAAAGUGACGGAGCCCUACAACGACCUGGUCAAAGAGGAGCUCAACAUGAUCCAGGGCGCGCUGGAGCUGCGCACUAAGACCGUGGAGGACGUGAUGACCCCGCUGGCCAACUGCUUCAUGAUCCAGGCGGACGCGGUGCUGGACUUCAACACCAUGUCUGAGAUCAUGGAGAGCGGGUACACCAGGAUCCCGGUGUACGACGACGAGCGCUCCAACAUCGUGGACAUCCUGUACGUGAAGGACCUGGCCUUCGUGGACCCGGACGACUGCACCACCCUGAAGACCAUCACCAAGUUCUACAACCACCCGGUGCACUUCGUGUUCCACGACACGAAGCUGGACGCCAUGCUGGAGGAGUUCAAGAAAGGUAAAUCCCACUUGGCCAUCGUCCAGAAGGUGAACAACGAGGGGGAGGGGGAUCCUUUCUACGAGGUGCUGGGAUUGGUCACCUUAGAGGACGUCAUCGAGGAGAUCAUCAAGUCAGAGAUCCUGGACGAGUCCGACCUCUACACCGACAACAGAAACAGGAAGAAGGUGGACCCCAACAAAAACAAGCGAGACUUCUCCGCCUUCAAGCACGAUGCCGACAGUAAAGUGAAGAUCUCUCCUCAGCUCAUGCUGGCCGCUCAUCGGUUCUUGGCUACAGAGGUGAGCCUGUUCAGCCCGUUCCAGAUCACAGAGAAAGUCCUCCUGAGGAUCCUCAGACACCCAGACGUCAUCCAGGAGCUCAAGUUCAACGAAAACGACAAACGCUCACCGCAGCACUUCCUCUACCAGAGGGGCAAACCUGUUGACUACUUCGCACUCAUCCUGCAGGGACGUGUGGAGGUGGAAGCUGGAAACGAAAACAUGAAGUUUGAGACUGGUCCCUUCUCCUACUAUGGAGUCAUGGCUCUAAGCACACCGUCACUGGAGUUUCGUUCUCCGUCACACGGGGGCAACCUCAACCGCUCGGCAUCUCUGAGCUGCACUGAGCGUGCUCCGGAGAGCGGCUCUGUUGGCGGGAGCAACACUCAGAUCCCUGGCACCCCAUUCCAGUACAUACCGGACUUCUGCGUCCGAGCUCUCACAGACCUGCAGUUUGUCAAGAUCACCCGUGCCCAGUACCAGAACGGUCUCCUGGCGUCCAGGCUGGACAGCUCGCCACAGUCUCCAGAGGGCAGCCAUACUCGGCUGGACACGUCUGUCUCGUUGCCCCCAGUGACGCCACCGGGGACACGCACACCACUGCCGCUGGCCACGCCUCCCGUGAAGCGCCCGCCGUCCAACGCUCAGCCGACGCCGCCGAGCGGCCGCAGCGCCCUGCCCCAAGGCGCCUCCUCCUCCAACCGCAGGCCAAGCCAGUCUCUUGCCCAAGCCGCCCCCCUUCCCAGCAACCACACCCCCGUCUCCCAGACCCCUCCCUCCUCUGUCAGCACCGUGCCGUGCAUCCUCAACCCCCACCCCACGCUGCCCUCAAAACCCCAGCAGUCCCCGCCCUCUGCCGGCCCAGAGAACGGGCCUGGAGAGACCACCACUCUGCUCAGUGAGCAGCAGAACUGUGUGGGCCCCCGCCGGCCCAGCCAUCCCCAGCCGCACCCCCAUGUCCACACCAUCAGUCACGCACACACUGAGAGCACCAUCUAA